GACCACGAUGAGGAUAUCCUAUUUCUCCGCGUCAUGGGCAUUCCGUGUCGUGGCUUCGGGCGACAGCUACAUCGUUAUCAGCUCAGGCGGGGGCUCGCGCUCAGUGCUGCGCUGAGUGUUAACGCCAUGAUCGAUUUGCCACCAGCGCGGCAUACGUGGGUGGUCGUCUGGGGCAAGGACGACUCCGCCCCGGAGUUUCAUCUCUUCAACCUGGGCUCCCUCGACAACCUCGAUGACGACGACAUGCUCGCCGUACCGUGGGCGCACCUCUUGGCCGACGCGCCCUUCAUCUGCAUCUGGCGCGAGACGGAAACAUGCUGGGCGGGCGUGGAAACGGGACUGGAUUCUGGCCUGUUGCCAGCACCGAUCACUCUGUUCGCGCAUCCCUUUGCGUCCACUCUUGCUGGGUCUGGAGAGGCGAUCGCGUGGUUGGAACAUUGGCGCCUAG